GUUACAUACAUCAACCGACAAUUUGUUAAAACAACAAUGAAAAACCGAGAGUCAAGAUGGCAGCGUUAAUUAUUAACCUUCGCGUUUGCUAUGCUGUGGAAGCAUCAGAUUGUUUUUGCUGCUUUGAUGGUGGAUUGGACUGUUUUUUCCGAAGAAUCUGGAACAGUAAGGCUAUAUAAUUUCACUGGCAAAGACAUCAGAUUGGUUGGUGGAAACAGCGAAUUGGAAGGACGAGUAGAAAUAAGUAUUAAUGGCGUUUGGGGAACGAUUUGUUGGGACGGCUGGUUUGACUUUAAUGACGCAGAUGUCCUUUGCAGAAUGCUUCAUACAAAUCUGAGUGCUCUAGACUACUACACAGAUGGACGAUACGGAUACGGUAAUGGUCAAGUAUUUUACCGUACUUUGUCAUGUAAUGGAUUAGAAAAAACAAUCCACAACUGCUCUAGUUCAACAGGUGAAUCGUGUUCCCAUUCGAGCGACGUGGGCUUGAUAUGUACAGGUUGUUCACGUCUGACACAACGUCAUUAUGGAUUGCUCGAACAAGUCAAUGUCACAAGCAGUGGUGACGUAUGCACUGGCAGAUGCAGCAACGGGUCCUCUUAUUUUCAAUUCUUAUAUCGAUGUUCACUCAACGGCACGUGGGAAGAGUAUGGUACACGAUGUGGACCUUUAGCCGUAAAAGACGUUCGAUUUGUUGGUGGAGUCGGCCUGUAUGAUGGAGGAGUGGAAGUGCUUGUUGGGGAUACCUGGGGUCCGGUGUGUGGAAGAUCGUACAACAACAACCAAUAGUAUUACUCUCUCGAAGGCCGUGUGUUUUGUAAGAUGAAGGGGCUGCAAUUUGCAUCUUAUAAAUACUAUUGGCGCUACAAUAGUACAAUGUCAAACGGAUUUAUUGGAAACCUCCAGUGUUCUGCAAGUGCAUCCGACGUCAACUUGUGCAGCUAUACAACAAUCUAUUCAUGCCAAUAUCAACUAGGGGUUGGCUGUGAUGGCUUUCCUUUGAAAAUAAGCUCAAUUAGUUUGGUUGGUGGAUCAAGUGCACGUGAUGGUCUUGUAGAAGUGCGAAUUGAAAACACUGUUGGCACAAUCUGCCAAGAUAAUUUCGAUUAUAACGAUGCACAGGUCCUCUGCAAAAUGAUCGGAUCGCAUGCCGCUUCUAAUUUCUACGUUGACUAUCAUUAUAACACCACCGGCCGCCUUCCAAUGAUACGAGACAUUCAGUGUACUGGACAAGAAAGUCACAUAAGUAAUUGCACAUACAGAACUACCCACUAUGACAACAAAUGUGUCGAUGGUGCAGUAGCACUUGUUUGUACAGACUGCGGUCAAGUAAACGUUUCAAAUGGGCAAAUAACUUCAUACAAUGACACGUCGAGAACGUUAACAAUUCGAUGUCAUACUGAUGACCCAGCCUAUGUUCAAUACAUAUGUGGAAACAACGGAAUAUGGAAUAAAACUGCCGAAUGUAUGCCAGUAAAUAUCCAAGACAUUCGCCUAAUGAACCAAGCAUUAUAUCUGUAUCAAGGCACAGUAGAGCUUAAAAUCAACGGUACAUGGGGCACCAUCUGUGACGGCAUGUUUGCGAAAGAAGAAGCAACCGUUUUAUGCAGAAUGCUAAAUGCUAGUUACUAUUCAUACACGCCAAAUGGAGGGUACGGUCGAGGAUCUGGUACGAUCCAUAUGGCCAGCUUACAAUGUUCGGGUUCUGAGAUGGACGUCGGCAGCUGUUCGUUUCACUCGCAACACAACUGCUCGCAUUCAAACGAUGUUGGCAUUCAAUGUACCUAUUGA